CUAAUGCAAUGAUCCAGCAGUCACAGAAUGAAUUUGAUAGCAGUGUGGAGAAAGCGGAAGAUUGGAUGAAGACCAUCCAGGAGAGACUGCGGAUCAAUGACGAUACUAAAGGGCCUCGGUCUGCCUUGGAGGCCAGACUCAGGGACACAGAGAAAAUCUGUGCAUUGGAACCUGAAGGCCGGUUGAAAAUGGAUCUGGUCCUAAUGAAGGCUGAUGCUCUACUUCAGUGUAUCAGUGAGGAACAAAAGCAUGAAAUAUUAUCCAGGCUAAAGGAUGUUAAAGCCAUGUGGGAAGAAACAGCCAUAUACAUUACUCAUUGUCACAGCCGCAUUGAGUGGGUGUGGUUGCAUUGGAGUGAAUACUUGAAGGCCCAAGAUGAAUUUUACACCUGGCUUCAUAAUACGAAGGUGACCUUGGAACCUGACAUAGAGUUGCAGCUUGGCUUAAAGGAGAAGCAGUGGCAGCUUAGCCAUGCUGAGGUCCUACUGAAAGAUGUUCAGAAUCGGUCAUCUUUGUUGGAUCGGCUGUUAGAGGAAGCCCUAUCUCUGUAUAACCGGAUAGGAGAUGCAAGUGUUGAUGAAGAUGCCAGGGAAAAGAUGAAGGAGGAAUAUGAAGAAAUCAAGAACGAAGCAGAGAGAAGAGUGAUGUUACUUGAAAAGAUAACAACAGAGCACAAGCGAUAUAAGACCAACGUUGACCAGUUUCAGCUAUGGCUGACUCAGCUAACAGAAAGAUUAAACUGCUGUCUCAAUCAAGAAUCAAAGCUGCCAGUAGAAAAUAGAAUUAAAGCAUUACAGGACAUUACAAAUGAUGUAAGGAGUGGAGAAAAGAAAUUCAAACAUCUGGAAGCACAGUCUGUAGAUGUGAUGCAAAACACCUCUCCCCUGGGGGCAGAAAAGAUGAAGGCUGAGCUUGAGGAGCUGAAAAAACUCCUGGAGAAUAUAAAGCUAGUGAGUGUGGAGGAAGAGGAGAAACUGCUGAAGAUCCUUCAGUCUGAAAACACCUACCACACCCAGGCCAGGCUGCUAGAAGCUGAUGUUCAAGAAUUCCGUAAAAGGCUGCAAAGACUAGGAAACCACUUUGAAAAGGAUGAUGUUGUAAGAAGCGAUGAAGAUUUAAUUUCUUUAUGGAGAGAGUACAUGGCAACAAAGGCAAACCUUACAGCAGAAGAACCAAAGGCUGAGAAACUGAAGAUUCAACUGAAGGAGUUGUUCAAAUUUUCACAGGACUUGCAGCCUCUUUCUGAGAGUGUGAUCCAUGCCAUACGAGAACAUCAAAGUCUGAAGGGGAAAAUGCUUAAAUUGAGCACAGAGAUUGAAACAGAGUUGAGGCAACGCUUCCAAAACCCCCUGAGGGAGUUUCAGCUGUGGAAACCAUCAGCUCAGCGACUCCUGGACACCACAGCCCAUGUUUCUGAUCCUGCAUUGACAGAUGCAUUCUUGCGUCAGAUUGAGACCGUCCAAGGACACCUGGAUGAAUGUGCAGUCCAAAUGGAAGAAAUAGAGAAACUUGUUCAGUCAGACCCAGCACAGAUGCAUAAAAUAAAACAGUGUUUUUCUGACUAUCAAAUACUUAAGAGAUCAUUGGAGAUCAUGAUUGCACAAAAUAAGCAACAUAUUCAGAAACACUGGGCUUUUAAUGACAAAUUAUCAGAUCUCCAACAGUGGCUUACCGUGACCAAACAGAAACUGGAAUAUUACUGUGAUGCUACAACUCACAAUGCAAUUUUGGACUUGGAGAGAUUGCAAACUGAAUUUCCAGGUAGAGAGAUCCAGUUACAUCUCAUUGAAGCCCAUGGGCAUUUGGUUAUAAAAGACACUUCUCCAGAGGGAGCUGUGACUAUCCAGGCUGAAGUAAAGAAGUUGAAGGACUCAUUCAAGUUUCUUGAAAACCUAAUGUCAAGGACAGCAGUUGAUCUGAGUAAGAAGAUAACUUGUAUAGACAGCAGGCGAAUGGAAAAGGUGGCUGCUUCUGAGCACUUACGGAGGAAAAUGGCUAAGGGGGAAGAUACCAAUGAACUCCAACUUAUUAAGAACUUUGAACAAUGGUUGCAAAGAGAAAACAACAAGCUAUCCAAAAUUCUUGCCUUGAAUCCAUCGAACAGUGAAGAGGUCAAGGCAAGAUAUAGCAAGCUAAAGGAGCUUCAGCUUAGAAUCCCUGAAGGUCAAUAUCAUUUUGAAGAACUUCUUCAUCUUCAACCAGCUGGCCAGAACUGGGAUGAACUAGAGGAGUUGCGUUACCAAUGGAUGCUCUACAAGUCCAAACUGAAGGACUCCAAUAACACAUUGAUGACAAGCUAUUGCAAAGAACCAAACUUAUUCAGAAAGGGUCAACCGGCAAGUGCAUGUUCCUUCCUACGUCGUGUGUGCUGUGCAGCUUUACCCCUCCAGUUGCUGCUGUUGCUUCUGCUACUCCUUGCCUUUCUGCUCCCUCUAGCAGAGGAGAGCCACAGUUGCAAGCUUACCAACAACUUUGCACACUCCUUCAACUUAAUGCUGAGACAUGAUCGCCCACCGCCAAUUUAAGUUCUCCUCACCUGCAGUGCAGCUAAGUUGACAGAUUGCAUUUUCCCCACUGGUUUUCCCCUGCAGAUCUUUAUCUUGUAUAACUCCUUCCAGAAUCAUGGCAACUGCUAAGGAGUCCAUUUAAACUGGAAAUUUGGUUAAAUGACCGCCAUUAUCCAAUGUAUGCUCAGGCUGGAGAAAUGAAGUAUUCAUAUUUAGAGCUAAAACAUGUUUUUUAAAAUAUAUGGCUAUAUUUAUA